CUCAUUGGUCUGAAGGUACUGUGUAAGAUGGCGCCCAGCGAAAUAUGAGUGGCCAUGAAAAAGAAAAACUACAGUUAGCCAUCCAAGAAAAAUCACGAAAAAUAAAGAAUUAAGCAGCCACAAAGACACAAUAGUAGCGCUUCACCUCCCCGUUGCCCGGAAGAGGAACGCUGUCUCGAAAGCAGAGAAGGGCUUGUGAGCGGCUCGACCCUCGGCCCUGCUGAAGAAGAGAGAUACUCCUGUAAAGAGGGCACUGAGCAGCAAUGAAUAACUCCCUGGAGGGUACAGGCUCCUAUGAGGAGCUGGUUAGGCAGAAAGCUCGGAGCAUCCCUCAGCAUCGCAUGAAGGAGUUCCUUGAGUCAUUGGCCAACAAAGGUCCAGAUGCCUUGCAGGAGUUCAGCCAGCAAAGCGGAGACACUACAACCACCACCACCACUAUGGUUUACCAGCAGGAGGCUAAUUGCAUCUACACAGACAGCACAGAGGUGGCAGGAUCCUUGCUGGAACUGGCUUGUCCGGUUCAGGUGCAGGUUCAGCCGCAGCAGCAACAGAUACAAGAGUCCACAUCACAGCAGCAAUCCAUUCAGCAGAAUACAGAGCAACAGAUAGUGCAGGUGCAGAUCCAGGGCCAUCAGCAAGGUCAGAUGUUGAGUCAGGUCCUUCAAGUGCCCUCUGGGUCACAGCUGAUUCAGCCUGGGGAUCUCACAGAGGAGCAGCACCAACAGUUUCAAGCCCAAUUGGUGGCAGCUGUUGCAGGAGGACAACAGAUCCAAAUUCAGACAGUGGGGGCGCUCUCUCCCACCCAGCAACAGGACAGUACAGAGAGAAGGAUAUUGGGAACCACGGUUGCUACAACCCAGGGAGCUGGUGUCCUCCAACCAGCCAAGAAGCGUAAGGUGGACAUGCCCAUUACCGUGUCCUAUGCCUUGCCUGGUCAACAGGUAGCUACAGUCCUGGCCAUCCCACAGGGGCAGGGCCAGCAGCAAAGUUACGUAUCCCUGCGGCCAGACCUCCUAACAGUGGACAGUUCUCAUCUAUACAGUGCUACUGGUACCAUUACCAGUCCUACAGGGGAAACAUGGACCAUCCCCGUGUAUUCUGCUCCCACUGGCUCCGGAGGCCGUGAACAAGUGACACACAUUGCCAUCCCCCAGGAGGCUUAUGGAACAGUGCAGGUCACAGGGGCGAACACCACAACAAUGACCACAUUGCCGACACAAGUCACUAUUGAAAACGACAAGAUGAAAAACCCCACCAGUCAGAGUCAGACAGCGCAGGCUGUUUCCAGCAUAACAAGCUCUGCAGGAAUGGGGGGCCAGGAAGAAGUGGUGCACACACUGGCCGCCAACACACUGUUCCCUGCCCAGCUGAUGAAUGGAAACAUCCACAUCCCCGUGGCGGUGCAGGGUUAUCCCAAUGCUACACAGUCUCUCAUCUGGGACCCUCAGCAGCAGGUGUUGCACACCCAAGGGCUGACAGGACAGGAAGCACAGCAGCUCCAGGCUCAGACAGUGGUAGCAGAGAUAGAUGGAGGCCAACAGCACGUGCAGGUGCAGGAGCUGCUGCUGCCUGCCACACUGAAGCCAGAAGAGGGGCUCGAUGUGUGGCGGCUUUGGGCUCAGCGGAAAAACGCAGAGUUGGAGAAAUCAGAGAGUACUAAACUGGCUCCAAUAGGCCGACGUCAGGCUUUACGUUUCCAGGAGGACUUGGUGUCAUGUGCAGUCGCUGAGCUCUGCAUGGGUCUCUCUUUGAUGACAACAGACGCCCGGGGAUUGGAAGGGGAAUCUUAUGAGGCUGAUGUUCUUUACUAUGUAUUUCUGUGCAUACAAAAAUAUCUGUUUGACAAUGGUCGCGUGGAUGACGUUUUCUCAGAUCAGUACUACACUCGCUUCGCUCACAGUCUGCACCAGAUCCUGGAGCCUUGGAGACCAGCUGUUCAUCCAUUAGGUUACAUUAUUCCCAGUCAUGUGACGGAGGAGAUGCUGUGGGAAGGUAAACAGCUGGGAGCUCAUUCACCCUCAACACUGCUCACAACUCUAAUGUUCUUCAACACAAAAUAUUUUCACCUAAAAACAGUGGAUCAGCAUCUGAAAGUGGCCUUUUCUAAGGUGCUCAGACACACCAGGAAAAGUCCUAACAACCCCAAAGACAAGAGCACCAGCAUCCGCUAUCUCAAGUCCACAGAGAGGUUUAUAGGCCAGAAAGUGACAGAUGACAUGUACUCGGAGCAGCUGGAAGAUCCAGAGAACCCGCUGCGAUGCCCCAUCAAACUCUAUGAUUUCUACCUCUUCAAAUGUCCACAGAGUGCUAAAGGUCGCAAUGACACCUUCUACCUGACUCCCGAGCCCGUGGUCGCUCCCAACAGCCCCAUCUGGUACUCGACUCAGCCGAUCCCAAAGGAGCAGCUGGAGCAGAUGCUUUCUCGCAUCCUCGCCGUGCGUGAAAUCCAGGAAAUCAUUAACUUGUCAGAGAGCGUGCACUAGUUUGACCACAGGAGAACCAUAUAAACGGACUAGACUCUCCCCCUCUGUCUCGUCACCCAGCCUUUGAUUGCUCAUUAUCGUCAGUAGUUUUUAUAUUCUCUCACACCCUCUUGUGGUCUGUAAGGGUGGCAUGUAUAUGUUUAUAAUCGUUAUAUCUUACACCCAUGGACUGUACAUACACAAACCCACAACGCAGAUGAUCAUUUGCCUUACUGAGGCUGUCGCUCAGAAGUCUUUUUUUGUUUGUUUAUGGCCAAACGAUGUGGUGUCUUAUCUUUUUAUUGGACCUAAACUCUAAUUUAAAUGUUAUUUUAGCUGUUGGUUCUGUUCGCCAAUAGUAAUAAGGCAAUUGUUGAUUUUCUUUGUCUUUUGUUUUUAAUCUGUAAUAUAACUUAAAUCUAUUUUCACUAGGGUUGGCCUGCACUAUUGUUUUUCCUUAGACUACAUUCAGACCUGGUAUUAACAUCCGUCCAGGCAGAGGACAUGUGGCCACAUUCCUGAGCUGCAGGAACACAAAUCUGUCCUUCUAUUCUGGCAUGAGUAGAGCUUUGAUUCACUUCAGACUUGUUAAAGACACAAUUUUAUGGGAAGCCAGAUCUGAUCAUAUGUGGUCACAGUAGUCCAACUAAAGGUUGUUCAUAUGCAAUCAAAUCACAGAGGAUUGAUGUUAGUACCAGGUCUGAUGUUGUUCUUUGUUGUCUGCUUUGGUCGCUGUAAAGUCUCACAGCGAAUACCUCAGUGGUCCUAAGACGCCAUUAAGUAACCAACAAGUGGGAAUUCAUCCUUUGCAUUUCACUUGUCUGUCUUGAGCAGAGGUCACGUGUGUUCACACCCAACAGUGGCACCGAAUCCCAUCAGGAUAUUACUCCAAUAAUGAACUCUAUUGCUCAAGUGUCACUUAUUCGACCUGCAGCUACACGCACUUGCCACAUGGUGGAGAUGUGGCAGAGUGAGGGGCUGAGGAAGCAGACUGCUGCUGCUGCUGGACCCUCCUGUCCUCUCACCCUCAGUACAACCCCAAAACUCACCCGCAGAGGGAUCUCUUGUAUCAUAAUAUGUUUAUUACACGGACGGAUGAAAGAAGAAGUGGAAUAGCCCUUAAUGUUCUAUACUGUAUAAUAGUCAUGGCUCCUCUAUGUAUUAUUAAGGGUUUUCAGCCAUGUGAAGGAGGAACGGCAGUGCCUGUGUGUUUUGAAACAUGACCUUUUUGUACAGCCACGA